AUGUUUGUUGCUCCUCCUGGCUAUCAGCCAAUCUAUAGCCCGGACAUACCCUAUCUAGGGCCUAUUAAUGGAGGGCUAAGGGAAGGCACAUCCAUCUAUAUCCAGGGGACCAUUCCCAAGCACAUCACCAGGUUCUUUAUCAACCUGAUUUGUGGAGAAUCUGAAUCCAGCGACAUUGCCCUACACUUCAACCCUCGAUUUGAUGGCAGGGACAAGGUGGUCUUCAACACCUGUCAGAAUGGAUCCUGGGGGUCAGAGGACAAGAUUCACAAAAUGCCUUUUAGAAAGGGAGAGCAUUUUGAAAUGGUCAUCAUCGUUACUUUGCAGGGCUAUCAGAUUAAAGUAAAUGGGAUGGAUUUCCAUAUUUUUCAACACCGCAUCCCUAUGGAGCAAGUUCGUGGGCUGCAGAUUGCAGGAGAUGUUUCCAUCCAGACGAUUAAUUUUAUUGGGGGUGGAAUGGGAGGAGGAAUGGGAGGAGGAUAUCCAGGAGGUGGCAUGGGGGGAGGUUACCCAGGUGGCAUGGGAGGAGGAAUGGGAGGAGGUUACCCAGAUGGCAUGGGAGGAGGAAUGGGAGUAAGUGUACUGAGAGGAUAUCAAGGAGGUGGCAUGGGGGGAGGUUACCCAGGUGGCAUGGGAGGAGGAAUGGGACCAGGAGGAUAUCCAGGAGGUGACAUGGGGGAUGGAUAUCCAGGAGGCAUGGGAGGUGGAAUGGGGGGUGCCUUUCCAGGCUCAAAUCUGCCGGGUAUGAGUGGGCAGCCAGUCUACAACCCUCCUGUGCCCUACUCCAACAUGAUCCCAGGAGGGAUGUUCCCUAAGAGGACCAUCAUCAUCAGAGGCAUGAUUCCCUAUGGAGCAGACAGAUUAAGGAUCAACUUUUUGGUGAGCAGAUCUCGAGACAUUGCUUUCCACAUGAAUCCCAGAGUGAGGGAAGGAAUUGUUGUAAGAAACAGUAUGAUUGGAGGAAACUGGGGCCAGGAGGAGAGAGAAAUGAGCAUGAAUCCAUUUAUGGAGGGCCAGUACUUUGAUAUGUCAAUCCGUUGUGGAAACCAGAGGUUUAAGGUGUUUGUGAACGGGCAGCACCUGUUUGACUUUUUCCAUCGCUGGCAGUCCUUCAAUGAGAUCGACAUGCUGGAGAUAGAAGGCGAUGUGCAGAUCUCCUACAUCCAUUUCUGAU